AUGGCCAGCGAAGCCCAAUUCGACGCAGCCUUAGACCUCCUCCGCCGCCUCCCACCCACAUCCAUCCCCCAGCAUCUCACCAACAUAACGGCCCUAGUCCCCUCACUGACGGAGGACCUGCUCUCGUCCGUGGACCAGCCGCUCUCGGCCCAACGCUGCCCCUCCACGGGCCGCGACUACCUCCUAUGCGACUACAACCGCGAUGGCGACAGCUACCGGUCCCCCUGGAGCAACGAGUUCUCCCCGCCACUAGACGACGCCACGUACCCCUCGGAUCGCGUGCGGAAGAUGGAGGUCGAAGCCAACACCGCCUUCGAGGUCUACAGGCAGAUGUACUACGAAGGUGGGGUAGGGAGCGUGUACCUGUGGGACUUGGACGACGGGUUCGCCGGCGUGGUGCUGCUCAAGAAGAAGGAAGGCAAGGACGCCGGGUGGGAUAGUAUCCACGUGUUUGAGGUGGAUGAGCGGCGCGGCGGCGCCACGAGUUCCAAGACGUGCCAUUAUAAACUGACGAGUACGGUCAUCUUGCAUCUGGGCCGCGAGAGCGAGAGUCUCGGCCAGUUGACGCUGGCCGGGAGUAUGACGAGGCAGGUCGAGGCCGACUUGGUGGUCGAGAGUGUGGGUGCUAAUGGCAAGGAUGGUGGACAUGUCGUCAAUGCGGGACGGUUGAUCGAGGACAUGGAGGGCAAGAUGAGGAACAUGCUGCAGGAGGUAUACUUUGGCAAGGCCAAGGACGUGGUAGGUGACCUGAGAAGCGUGGCCAGUUUGACGGGCGUCAAUCGGGAUAGACAGGCGCAACGGGACGUUAUCAGCAGUAUGGGAGGGAAAUGA